CCUGGCAGCUGCUGCCUCUGGGCUACCAGCUGUCAGCCGGACGCAGCGCCGGGCGUCGGGCUUGCAGCUCUGAAUUUUUCUGCAGGCAGAGAGAUGCCUCAAGGAAUAGGAUCCCGGAGGCUUCGGUUUCCGCAGCUGCUUCUCGUGGGUGUGACCUGCCAGGCCAUCGCGGGCUGCUUCUUGCGACAGGACCUGCAAGGAAGUGGCAUCCUUUUGUACCUUGCCAGUAACAAGUCAAACUACGGUCAGGGCUAUUGUGAAAUAGAGGCGAGUUUAGCCUCGUCGCUCAGCUCUUGGACUCUCUCCUCUGAACACCUUUUAGCUGUGUUGCCAGUUGAUCCUGUUAAAGAGAACUAUGUUCGUAAAGUGAAAAACUGUAUUUUUUCGAUUGCCUUCCCUACUUCUUUCAAAUCAAGAGUGCGUCUUGUAGCAGUUUCAAAGGAAGUUCUGGAAGAUAUUUUGGACCUUGAUUUGUCUGUCUCAGAAACAGAUGAUUUUCUCCAGCUUGUAAGUGGAGAAAAGAUAUUAUUUGGAUCCAUUCCAUUGGCUCACAGAUAUGGUGGCCACCAGUUUGGAAUAUGGGCAGAUCAGCUUGGGGAUGGAAGAGCUCAUCUUAUUGGAAUUUACACGAACAGGCUGGGUGAGAAGUGGGAGCUCCAAUUAAAAGGCUCGGGAAAGACCCCGUACUCCAGAAAUGGUGAUGGCAGAGCUGUGCUUCGCUCCUCAGUGAGGGAAUUUUUGUGCAGUGAGGCUAUGCACUAUCUUGGAAUUCCCACUAGCAGAGCUGCCAGUCUGGUUGUAAGUGAUGAUGAAGUAUGGAGAGAUCAGUUCUACAAUGGGAACCCUGCCAAAGAACGAGGUGCAGUAGUGCUGCGAGUUGCAAAAUCUUGGUUUAGAAUUGGAUCAUUAGAAAUUUUGGCUCAUCAUGGUGAAUUUGAUUUACUGAGAACAUUACUAGACUUCAUCAUAUGGGAACAUUUCCCCUCUUUAGAUGUCAAAGAACCUGAUAGAUAUGUGGAAUUUUUUUCUGUUGUGGUCUCUGAGACAGCACGACUUAUUGCCUUGUGGAUGUCUGUUGGUUUUGCUCAUGGUGUUUGUAAUACUGAUAACUUCAGUUUGUUAUCCAUUACAAUUGACUAUGGUCCAUUUGGUUUCAUGGAAGCUUAUAACCCAGAUUUUGUACCAAAUACAUCUGAUGAUGAAAGAAGAUAUAAAAUAGGAAAUCAAGCUAAUGUUGGGAUGUUUAAUUUAAAGAAGUUAUUACAAGCACUAAACCCAUUAUUGGAUCCUAGGCAAAAGCUACUUGCUGCUCAAAUUCUUGAGGGAUAUCCAGUUAUUUAUUAUACAAGAUUUAGGGAGUUGUUUAAAGUCAAACUGGGAUUACUUGGAGAAAGUAAGGAUGAUAAUGACCUAAUUGCAUUGCUGUUACAUCUCAUGGAAAAGACAGAAGCUGAUUUUACAAUGACGUUUCGGCAGCUCAGUGAGAUUACCCAAAGCCAGUUACUGGAGCUCCACAUUCCUCAGCAAUUCUGGGCACUGAAGAUGAUUUCAAAACAUGAACUCUUUCCUACUUGGGUGUCCCAGUACAUUUUGAGACUGAAGAGUAACAGGAAUGAUUCAGAUUCUGAAAGAAGGAAAAGGAUGGCAACUGUUAAUCCUAGAUAUGUGCUGAAGAACUGGAUAGCAGAAUCUGCAGUGCAAAAAGCAGAAAGAAAUGACUUUUCAGAGAUCCAUCUUCUCCAGCAAGUUCUUCGGCAUCCUUUCCAGAAGCAUCCUGCAGCUGAGAAAGCAGGGUACUCCUCACCUACUCCUUCUUGGGCUAAAGAUCUUAAAGUUAGCUGCUCAUCUUAACUUGCAGAAAAUAAGGAAUGCUUCUGAUAUUGAACUCAACAUAGAACAACUCAUCAUUGUGAACACUUGAAUUUAAGAACAUCUUAUACCACUGGAGUUAUUAUUGUUAUGAUGUACAAGUUUCCCAAAUUUGGUUUCUUUUUGACAUGAUCCUAAAAGUUUUUGAUGAUGUCCUUAUUUUUUGGUGUAAGAUGUUUCCAGUUCAUCCUGUGUAUUUCUUGCCUCAGAACUGGAGUUAGUUAUUUCUCUGAGUGCCUUUCAGUGAAAUGGCACUUGGGGACCCCAUUGUGGAUGCCAAAAGCCUUGGGUAUAUUUGAAAUGCUUUACAAAGCUUGUUAAAUGAUAAUUAAAAAUUUUUGAG